AUGACCCUGAGCCACCGGCCCUCCCACCCUGCCCUGGCCCUUGUCUUGCUGGCCACGCUGCUGGGCGGUGCAGCAUGGGCUUCGGAGAUUGUGGGCGGGCGGGCAGCUAAGCCCCACUCGCGGCCCUACAUAGCGUCCCUGCAGAUGCUGAGUUCCCACUUCUGUGGGGGCACCUUGGUCCACCCCAGCUUCGUGCUGACCGCUGCUCACUGCCUGCAGAACAUCCCCGCGGCCCUGGUGAGGGUGGUGCUCGGGGCCCACAACCUGGGGAACGAGGAGCCCAGCCAGCAGCGUCUCUCUGUCGUUCGCGUGUUUUCCAACAACUACGACCCCGAGGGAUUCCACAACGACAUCCUCCUCCUGCAGCUGGACCGCCCGGCCAACCUCACCGCCCAGGUCGCAGUGGCCCAGCUCCCGGAGCAGAACCAGCAGCUGCCCCACGGCACCCCGUGCCUGGCCAUGGGCUGGGGCCGCCUGGGCACCACGGAGCCGCUGCCCCCCAUCCUCCAGGAGCUGAACGUCACCGUGGUCACCUUCCUGUGCCGGCAGGAGAACCUGUGCACCUUCGUGCCCCGGCGCAAAGCCGGCAUCUGCUUCGGCGACUCUGGCGGCCCCUUGAUCUGCGACGGCGUCCUCCAGGGCGUGGACUCCUUCCUGAUCCGCGAGUGUGCCAACCGCCAGUACCCUGACUUCUUCGCGCGCGUCUCCCUCUAUGUGGACUGGAUCCAGUCUGUGCUGAGAAGUGUGGGCGGUGAGGGCAGCCCCUGA